AUGUUCUCUAGGCCUUUUAGAAAACAUGGAGUUGUUCCUUUGGCAACAUACAUGCGAAUCUACAAGAAAGGCGAUAUUGUGGACAUCAAGGGAAUGGGCAUUGUUGAAAAAGGAAUGCCCCACAAAUGUCACCAAGGCAAAACUGGGAGAGUCUACGACGUCACCCGGCAUGCUGUUGUCACUGUUGGAAACAAACAAGUGAAGGGCAAGAUUCUCGCUAAGAGAAUUAAUGUACGUGUUGAGCACAUUAAGCGCUCAAGGGGCCGAGAUAGGUUCCUGAAGCGUGUGAAGGAAAACGGUCAGAGACAGAAGGAAGCCAAGGAGAAAGGUACUUGGGUUCAGCUGAAGGGCCACCCUGCCCCACCCAGAGAGCACACUUUGUGA